CACAUUCAUCCAUCCAUCCAUCCAUCGGGAACGGUGCGAUAAUGUAAGGCGCGGGUGGUUCACGCAAUGAAUAUAUUUAUUUUGUCGUCUAGUUCACAGAACAGAACAAUGUUUAAUUGUGUCGUCUGGUUCACAGAAUAGUCACUGCAUAGUUUGUCAGCGAAACUCUUGUUGCGAGUGCCGACUCGUACUGUUGCUGGAACCUUCGUGGUUGGUGGGACAUUUUUGUUGCAGACUACUCUCUGACACUGUAGACGAAGGCAUGACGCGCCAGUGGCGACCGCUCAUAACGCGAAGCUGUCUGUUCGAACACGAAGACCCGUUUUCCCGCCUGCACAUAUCGUCAUCCAAGUUUCUGGAAGACAUAACCGAGCGCGGUGUCUGUCCAGAGUGUCACAAGUCACGCAUGUACUUUUGCUACACUUGCCUUACAGCGCUCACCAGCAUCCGGGACAAAAUUCCACGCAUACAGUUGCCCAUACAAGUUGCUAUCGUGAAGCAUGCUGGGGAAGUUGAUGGGAAGAGUACGGCAGCUCACCUACCGGUUCUCGCUCCAGACCAUGUGAAGAUCUAUACGUUUCCAAUCAUACCAGCUUGUGACCCCAGUGAUGUGCUGUUGAUUUUUCCUGGGGAGAACGCCAAGCCUUUGGAGAAAAUGUGGGAAAUGAGUGUCCAAAAUGGCUACACGACUGGUCCUUGUGUCGUCUGUGCUCAGAAGCAUGUGACCAUUCCUUGGAAGACACUAUUAUUUAUUGACAGCACAUGGAAGCAAACGAAACGAAUCUAUCUGGAUGCCAAAAUUAAAGGCCUGCCAUGUGCGGUGCUAGAAGGGGGCCAAUCAGCAUUCUGGCGUCCUCAGCGGGGCAAGCCAUCCAGUUGGCUGGCCACGGCUGAAGCCGUUCAUCUGGCCGUGACCCGUCUGCUGGCUCUGCAGGGCUGCGCAGGACAUGUGGAUGAUCUACUCUUCUUCUUCAAGUUCUUUUAUGCCAAGAUAAGCAAGCGCUAUCGCCAGGCGAGUAACGCUGUGCUAGAUCCAGGACUGUCGUCUCACCCAGAAAAAUAAACUCUGCAAUCAAAUUGUU